UGAAACGUUACACGAUUUGUAUCAACGAUAGUGUUGAAGAAUCAGUCAAAGGUGAACAUAUUCGUUGUAUAGUAUAGAAAUAUGAGAAUCUGUAGUAUUUGGGUAAUUGGUAUAUUUAUUAAUAUCAUUGGCUCUUAUAAUGCUUUAUUUCUAAGUAACUUCUCCAAUAUAUGGCCUGGUUCAACAGUAUACUACAACGCUGCUCCAGAACUGCCGCAAUCCUGGAUAAAGGCAAUAAAGUACGGCAUAACCUACAUCAAUGCAUUGCAUUGUGUCUAUUGGGUCCAACGACAGCCAACCGAUAAAUAUGUAAAUGAUUACGUAAGCUUCCAAUACAAUUAUAUCCCGUUUGAAGACAUGAGUGGAUGCGAAGCUUGGGUUGGCCAUCACGGAGGUCAGCAACCACUCGUUCUCGGGACGAAAUGUAUGAACAAGUCUGUGCAAGUACAAAGAACAGCAGUGUUACACGAAAUGAUGCAUACCAUGGGGUUUGAACAUGAGCACCAACGGUACAAUCGUUAUUGCUAUGUUAACGUUUCUGAUGCCGUGGUUAGAGUUGAUCCAGCUAGUUACAAUAUACUCCCGCCACCAGCAUAUUUCACGGAUUGGCCCUACGAUUACGAGAGUAUCAUGCAUUAUCACGAACUCGACAAGCUAGUUUGGCCUUAUAACCCGAAUCAGAAAAUGGGAAGAGAUGAUGCACAACUCUCGCAGUACGACCUCGAGAAACUGCAAUACCUAUACUGUGGUGGGCCCAGCUUUUGUAGUAAAUAUGGCAAGGCUAAGUGUCGAGAAGUAAAAGCCGCGGAGAAAAAAAAUCCUCAUUGUAAAACGGUACUACCCAAAGGAUAAUUGGAUGGCUUUAUUUACUUCUGUUGAGUGUAAUAAAAUCGUUCAUAGUA